AUGGAUAUUAACUCUUUCGUUCGUAUUCUUUCUUUUUAUUUCUUUCUUUCUUUCUUUCUUUCUUUCUUUUUCUUUCUUUCUUUCCUUCUUUUUUCUUUCUUUCUUUCUUUCUUUCUUUUUCUUUCUUUUUCUUUCUUUCUUUCUUUUAAGCGUCUCUUUCAUUCUUUUGCACUAUGGCGCUUUCUUUCCUUUUCUUUCCUUCUUUCUUUCUGCUUUUCUUUCUUUCUUUUCUUUUCAAUAUUUUUCUCUUCUUUUUUUUUACGCUACGCCCUUCUCCAUCCCUUCUCCCUCUCUCCUUUUUUUCUUCUUUCUUCUUCUUUCCUCCUUUCCUUUUUUCUUUUCAGUUGUGUCUUUUUAUUUCUUUUACACGUCAUCCCCCUCCCUUUCUUUCUUUCUUUCUUUCUUUCUUUCUUUCUUUCUUUCUUUCUUUCUUUCUUUCUUUUAAAGCCUUUUUUCUUUCACACCACGUCGCCUUCCAUUCCUGUCUUUCUUCCUUUCUUUCUUUCUUUCUUUCUUUCUUUCUUUCUUUCUUUCUUGAAUUUUCUUCUUUUUCAACCUUUCUAUUUUCUUUCUUUUCAGCUCUUUCUUUUUUUUAUACCUCCUCUAUUCUUUCCUUUCUUUUCUUUCUUUCCUCUAGUAUACAGCUCAAAACACCAGUCCUCAUCCGAUCACCGAAGUUAA